CCACAGCCACCUUCUUGAACAGGCCAUAUAGAAGCCAGCUCACACAUUAGUCACUCGUCUCAGAGGACGGAAAACUGGAAAACGGCGAGCUUCGACGGUCUUUUCCUAACAAAUCAAGCACAGCGUUCGACACGCUGGCGACGUCAAAAGGCAUGAGAUAAGGGUUCGAACGAUCCUGUCACCACAUCCAAGAGAAGCUUCUGGGUUCAAGCGGAGAGAACUAGUAUCAAAACGUCGGACAUGAACGAUAAUGAGAUGAUGGAGGACGUAUCGCUCGAGGACGGUCAGGUGACACGUACGGAGGAACCCGAGUCUGCACGCCCAACGGCGCGGGACGAGGUCGAGCAGGAUACCAUCGAACAGCCAGUCCCGGUCGUCUCGGACGACGCUCUAGAGGCUGAAACGUCACUUCCAGAAGAUGCAUCGACCGCCGAGAUGCAGGACGUCGAGCUAUCGGAAUCAGCGCCAAAGGUAAACGGCGGCACAGGCUCGGACGACACCCUCCCUGCUACGGAAACCCUCUCGUCUCCACCUCCACCGCUUCCGAGCAAGAACGACAUGCCAAACCACAAUGCCUCGGCCUCUGUCAGCAGUCUCAACACCAUCCCUCAUCGAACGCAUCCUUCGAUCAGCGUGACGCCGGGAGAUGGCAGCAUAUACCGGGCAGGAACACCGGCUACGGCUUCCCGAACGUCCCUGUCAUCUGUCCCGCACCUCUCCCUCGCACUCAUUAAACCCGGUCUCGAGAUCAUCGCCCAGUCGAAAGAAGCUAAACGCUCUCCGGCGCUGUUACAGGCGUCGCAACGCGCCCUGGAUCAAUGUCAACAAGAAGGCUCCUCAGCCGUCCCCAGGGACAUUCUUGAACCCCUGAAACUCGCUUGUGAACUUCAAGUCGACCGGCUCGUCACCCCAGCCCUCGACCUCAUCGCCAAGCUGGUCUCGCACGGUUUCUUCAGCGAUGAAUCCGACGCUUCUCGAGACGGACCUUCGUUGGCCGAUAUUGUGACCCAUAUCAUCACCACCUCGUUUACGGAAUCAUCUUCCCCAGCAGUGUCAGUCCAGGUGGUCAAAUCCCUCUUGGCGCUCGUCCUCUCGAACACGUUGACGGUACAUCAGUCGAGCUUGCUGAAAGCUGUCAGGACCGUGUACAACGUCUACCUCUUGAGCUCGGAUGCGACGACGCAGUUGGUAGCCCAGGGCAGUUUGACGCAGAUGAUCCACCAUAUUUUCGGCAGAAUAAGGAGGAACGACAAGUCGGCGGUCGGGACGCCGUUGACGGCACACGGGAGGAGUGGAAGCGUGACCCCAGGGCUGAACGGGAAUGGCAAUGGGAGAGAGCGCGAGACGGAGGAACGGUCGGAAAGGGGCGACGCCAGAGAAAACGAGACUCCAGCUGAGGAGAAGAAGAACUUGACGUUAGACUCUUUCUCGGCGCCCAACCCGAAUGACGAUAUUCCGCUAGAAGCUACUGCUGACGGCCCUGAACCUAUCACGAACGGAUUACCUCAAGCGAGUCAGGAGCUGAACCCCGACCUACAGAUGCACGAGGAUGCGCAGGCAAGGGAUCUGACGCUCGAGCAGCUCUAUGUGAAAGAUGCUUUCCUGGUCCUCAGGGCGCUCUGCAAAUUAACUAUGAAGCCGUUGUUGAGUGAAAGUGAAAAGGAUCCCCGGUCGCAUGAUAUGAGAUCUAAAUUGCUCUCAUUGCAUCUGGUCUUGGCCAUCCUGCAAUCCCACUCGGACGUAUUCGCCGAUCCCACCGUGGUGGUCCCGUCGUCUUCCUCUUCAGAGGAUACGCCGUUCCUAUUGGCCACCAAGCAGUACCUUUGUCUCGGAAUCAGCAGGAACGCGCUGUCUUCCGUCAAUCAAGUAUUUGAUCUGAGUACCGAGAUCUUUUGGUGUAUGUUGAAGAGUCUUAGAGCGCAACUCAAGAAAGAGAUCGAGGUCCUGUUCAACGAGAUCUAUAUCCCCAUCUUGGAAAUGCGUCAUGCGACCCUUCGUCAAAAGUCGUCUUUGCUCUCCACCUACCUUCGUUUGUGUCAAGAUCCGCAAGCGCUGGUGGACAUCUAUAUCAAUUACGAUUGCGACCGUUCUUCGGUGGAAAACAUUUACGAAAGGCUCAUCAACGUCAUCGGUAGGCUCGGACAGGCUCAUUUCCCGCUGCAAUCAAAAGCAGAAGAAGGUUCGACGGACUCCAAGCUGGCUACCUUCAUGGCCGCACAAACCGCGCAACUGUCGUCCAUAUCGCCCGUAGGAGACUCGAAGAUUACAGCCAAGUAUGCCGGAUUUGGUUCAGAGCAGCGCAUCCGCAGACAAGCUCUCGACGGGGUCAUCACCAUCUUGCGAUCGCUGGUCGAGUGGACAAAUAUCAUGCGUCCUCCUCAGGCCGACGAGAGUAUCGAUGCUGGCGAAAGGACGACACGGCCUUCUCACUCGGACCACCGUCUGAGCGUCGCUUCGGUCGGAGGGUUUGGCACGACAGAAUCGCAGAUCCGGGAUGAUCCCGAGCGAUUCGCGUCGGCUCGUCAGCAAAAAACUUCGCUCAUGGAAGGGAUUCGUGACUUCAACUUCAAACCGAAAAGGGGUAUCCAAUAUAUGCUGCAGCAUGGAUUCAUUACAGAUGAGAGGCCCGAGAGCAUAGCACAGUUCUUACUGCACACCGAAGGUCUAAGCAAGGCUCAGAUUGGAGAAUACUUGGGAGAUGGUGAUCCCGGUAAUAUCGCAGUCAUGCAUGCCUUCGUCGACAUGAUCGACUUCACCGGGGCGAAAUUCACGGAUGCAGUACGGCAGUACCUGCAAACCUUUAGAUUGCCAGGCGAGGCGCAAAAGAUCGAUCGCUUCGUGCUAAAAUUUGCCGAACGAUACAUCGCAAACAACCCGUCGACGGUGUUUGCCAAUGCAGACACCGCCUACAUUCUUGCCUUCUCCGUCAUCAUGCUCAACACGGAUGCCCAUAACCCGAACCUAAAGUCCAAGCGGAUGACAAAGGCCGAGUUCGUCAAAAACAAUAGAGGGAUCAACGACGGUCAGGACUUGCCCGAAGAGCUACUCGCGGAAAUCUACGAUGAGAUACAGAAGAAUGAGAUCAAGAUGAAGGACGAGAUCGAGUUGGCACCGCCACCUCAAGCUACAGGACUCGCAUCGACGAUAGCGAACGUUGGCCGGGACCUUCAGCGUGAGGCCUAUGUGUUGCAAUCCGAGGGCAUGGUAAACAAGACGGAAGCACUUUUCAAGUCACUCGUCAAGCAACAACGACGAGGCGCAAAGGGAGGCGACCUGUUUUACAGCGCAUCGCACCUCGAACAUGUGAAACCAAUGUUCGAGGUCGCCUGGAUGCCUUUCUUGGCGGCCAUUUCAGCCCCCAUGCAAGAAAGCGACGACAUGAACGUGGUGGUCAUCUGUCUCGACGGGUUCAAACAGGCAAUCAAGGUGGCCGGGAUUUUCGACCUAGAACUGGAGCGGAACGCUUUCGUCUCGACCUUGUCCAAGUUUACCCUGCUCAAUAAUCUCGCAGAGAUGAAGCCAAAACACAUCGAGGCAAUGAAAGCGCUUCUUGAUAUAGCCAUCUCGGACGGAGAUCGCCUCAAGGGAUCUUGGCGGGAUGUGUUGACUUGUGUCAGUCAACUCGAGCGGAUGCAGCUCAUCUCGAGUGGGAUCGAUGUUCCGGAACUGAAUCGUCGAAGUUCGACGCAAUCUACCAAAUCAGCAAUGCCCAAAAGGAAGGGUCCCACGGGUGAUGUUGCGGAAGAAGGUCGCUCGACACAGGUGACCGUCGCUGCGGACAUGGUGUUCUCUCUGAGCAGGAAAUUAUCAGGGCCUGCCAUUGUGGACUUUGUCAAAGGUUUGAGCGAGGUUUCAUGGGAGGAGAUUCAGUCUUCUAGCUCAGCUGCUCAGCCACGACUAUUCUCGCUUCAAAAGCUGGUCGACAUCGCCUACUACAAUAUGGACCGAAUUCGUCUCGAGUGGUCAGGUAUCUGGGCUAUUUUAGGGGUUCAUUUCAAUCAGGUUUGUUGUCACAACAACCCCAACGUUAGCUUCUUUGGCCUGGACGCUCUGAGACAGCUGUCGAUGCGCUUUUUGGAGAAGGAAGAGCUGGCGCAUUUCCGCUUUCAAAAGGACUUCUUGAGACCGUUCGAGUACACCAUGACGAUGAACCAGAACGCUGAUGCUCGCGAGAUGGUCUUGCAAUGUCUGCAACAAAUGCUGCAAGCUCGGGUAAACAACCUGCGAUCUGGUUGGCAGACCAUGUUCCGAGUAUAUUCUGCCGCCUCGCGCGUUUUGACAGAACGCGUGGUAACUUAUGCAUUCGAGCUGGUGACAUCAAUAUAUCGCGACCAAUUCGAGCUGGUUCUGCGAUAUGGCUCGAUCAGCGACUUUACAACCUGCCUGACCGACUUCAGCAAGGUCACAAAGUUCCAAAAAGUCAGCUUGCAAGCCAUCCACAUGGUGCAAGGUCUGGUACCGAAAUUGCUCAGCGAAUCGCCGUCAAAAUCGUCGAAGGACGCCGAUCAAGAUUUGACGGAAUCGGAGGAUCCUACGCCACAAUACUGGUUACCGGUGUUGUUGAGCUUUUGUGACAUCAUCAUGACGGGCGAAGAUCUCGAAGUUCGACGCAUGGCCUUGGACUCGCUCUUCGGAGUGCUAAAACAGCAUGGAGGAAACUUCAAGAUCGAAUUCUGGAAGCGGAUCUGUGACGAAGUGUUGUUCCCCAUCUUUGGAGUCCUGCGGUCAAAGCAAGACAUAUCGCGCUUCGCUUCGCAGGAAGCCAUGAGCGUGUGGCUAUCGACGACGCUCAUUUCAGCGCUUCGGAGCCUUAUUGAGCUAUUUACGGUCUACUUCGAGACAUUACAGGCGUUCCUGGGAGGGCUGCUCGACCUGCUUUGCGCAUGUAUUUGUCAAGAAAACGAUACCCUUGCGCGGAUCGGUACUGCUUGUUUCCAGCAGCUUUUGGAGGACAAUGUGAAAAAGCUCAGUCCGGAGAAAUGGGAGCUGGUUGUUGGAACCUUCAUACAGCUGUUCUCUACCACGACCGCCCGUCAACUCUUCGACGAGACGCUUCGAGCAGAGACGACACUACCCGAGGAUGGCGGCGAGGCUGCUGCGCAAGUCUCGUUGGCCACUUUCAGCGAUGCGCCGGAAAAGCUCGGCCCGCUUACGGCUUCCGCUCGAAGACGGAUCUUUCAGCAAAUCAUUGUCAAAUGCGUACUGCAACUGCUUCUCAUCGAGACGACUCACGAGCUUCUCCAGAAUGACGACGUUUACAACACGAUCCCUGCCAAGCAUCUUUUGCGCUUCAUGACGGCUCUUGACGACAGCUAUGAAUUUGCACGAAGGUUCAACGCCGACAAAGAUCUCCGAAUGGCUCUCUGGAAAGUCGGUUUUAUGAAGCAAUUGCCAAACCUGCUCAAGCAAGAGUCCAGCAGUGCCGCUACCCUCGUCAACGUCUUGUUGCGAAUGUACCGUGAUCCUCGACCUGAUCACCAAGCUAGUCGACAAGGGGUGUUGGAGCAGUUCAUCCCUCUGGGGAUUCGGAUAAUGAGGGAUUUCAACGGGAUUGACCCCGUGGCUCAGCCCAGAAACAUCGUCGCCUGGACACCGGUAGUCGCCGAGAUCUUACAAGGUUGCCGUGACUUUGAGGAUGAAAGCUUUGAGCGAUACCUACCUCAGCUUUACCCUUUGGUCACCGUCAUGCUAGAGAGGGAGAUGACGCCGGACUUGUGGCAGGCCGUACGGCUGUUCUAUGUCAAGACGGGUCACGUCAAGGGUUUGAUUGCAAAGGAUAGAACGAGCGAACAUUAACGACAAUUGUACAAAAGUUUUGUGACGACGGUUGUGCGGGAGAACAUGGACAUCGUGUACAUCGAGACUUUGCUACGGGGCAGGCGGAGGGAGGAUUUGCCUGGAGACAA